CAUUCCUAUCAUCAAGGUCUCCCAAAUCUUCAAGAACGUGUCACCGAAUAUAUGCUACAUGCCCAACAUAACACAACAAACAAUCACACAAGACACAGCCAAAACCAACUCUAAUUUCCUACCACUAGUCCCACACAAAUUCAUUCACAAUCCAUAAAAUACACCCUCACAAAAACACACUCAACUCAAUCAACAACAUCAUCACCAACAAAAAUGGAGUCAAUAGGAGUACUAUUAGCAUGCCCAAUGAAUUCCUACCUUGAAGAAGAACUCACCAAACGCUACAAUCUCUUCCGCUUCUGGAACUUUCCAGACCGCACCCAAUUCCUCUCUCAACACUCCAACUCCAUUCGCGCCGUCGUCGGUAACGCUUUCGCCGGAGCCGACGCCGCCCUUAUCGACGCUUUGCCGAAGCUCGAGAUCGUGUCGAGUUUUAGCGUCGGACUUGAUAAAAUUGAUCUGGGUAAAUGCAAAGAAAGAGGAAUUAAGGUUACGAAUACCCCUGAUGUUUUGACUGAUGAUGUUGCGGAUUUGGCGAUUGGGCUUAUGCUUGCUGUUUUGCGAAGGAUUCCUCAGUGUGAUCUUUAUGUUCGAAAUGGGUUGUGGAAGAAAGGGGAUUUUCGAUUAACUACUAGGUUUAGUGGCAAAAGGGUUGGAAUUAUCGGCUUGGGUAGGAUUGGUGCUGCAGUUGCCAAGAGAGCUGAAGCAUUUGACUGUCCAAUUUCUUAUUACUCAAGAACUAAGAAGGCAGAUUCAAACUAUACUUACUAUCCCAGUGUCAUCGAGCUUGCCUCCAACUGCGACAUACUGGUAGUUGCUUGUGCCUUAACUGAAGAAACACGACAUAUUGUCAACCGUGAAGUAAUAGACGCUUUGGGGCCUAAAGGUGUUCUGAUCAACAUUGGAAGGGGCCCUCAUGUUGAUGAACCAGAGUUAGUAAAAGCACUUUCUGAAGGCCGGCUAGGUGGGGCUGGGCUUGAUGUCUUUGCAAAUGAACCUCAUGUUCCUGAAGAGUUGUUCAAGCUUGACAAUGUAGUACUCUUGCCUCAUGUUGCAAGUGGGACUGAGGAGACUCGUACUGACAUGGCUAAUCUUGUUAUUGGGAACUUGGAGGCUCACUUCAAUGGAAAACCGCUGUUGACACCAGUUGUUUGAUUGUUCAGGGUAAUCGUAGGCCAUUAAUAUAUGAUUCCUGAUUGUGGACAAACUAUUUUGUUAGGGAAAUGAACCGUUUAUCGUUUGACUGAGCACGGUUGUAUUAUAUUGCAAAUUGAAUUCCCUGCUUAACAUUAUUUAUUCCCAAGAUCAGUUUGGGUCAUAAAAAUAGUCUUUUUUUUAAGUACUUGGCUUUUUUUUUCUUUUUUGGGUGCUAAAGAGGGGGCUAGGCCUCAAACAGAGAAUUACUCCGUACUCUGUAACUAUUAAUGUCAUGAUGAAGAAUAAAUUCUCCCUAAUUCGGGGAGUUGGUCAA